ACACGUGGAGCAGCAGCUGGGUCACUAUAGUGGUGAACUGGGCUCCUCUCAGACACACAGCCGCUCUGCAGGUUUCAUUUCAGAGAAAGUCUCCAUCAUGAGGAACUAAUGAGUCAGUUUACGACCGUCGGUGAAGUAUAAAGAGGACAAAGGUGCUGUCAGAGAGGAGAUCUCUCAUAAUGUCGCGAUAUGAGAUCAGCUGAGCUGGACGGGAGCAAAGUUGAGGAACGUUUGUCUACACUUUCUGUCUGGGUGAAAUAAUAUCCUCUGAACCAUGUAUGAGCCUCGGUACUACGACAGCCCCCCUGUGUACAGCCCGCCGUACAGCACCAACUCCCACAGCUUCUACCCCCCCAGGAGCGUCCACUCCCCCCACAGCCAGUAUGUCCCCUACACCACCUACAACGUCCCCCCAGACUCCAACUACAUCGAGGAGAAGCCUCAGCACUUCUACCGCUGGUUUUCUCCUCCUGGUUUCGUCAAAACCUUCCAAGGAGCCACAGUCCUCAUGUGUUUCCUCAUCUUCGCCUGCGUGGCGUCGACCUUGGUGUGGGACAUGAAUGGGUUUGGGUACGGGGGCUUCGGCGUCGGGGCUACGGGGGGUGUUGCGGGGAUGGAGUCUGGAUAUUACGGAGGUAGCUAUGGCUACGGCGGCUCCUACAUGACGCCACAGUCCGCCAAGUCGGCGAUGAUUUCAAUGGCAGCCAUCAACUUCCUGGUUUCGCUUGGCUUCCUGGUGGGGAGUUUCUCGCGCUCUCGGAUCAUGAGGGGGUGCAGGUUCUACCUCACUGUGUUUAUCUGUGAUAUCAUCUUAGCUGUCCUUCAGGGCAUCAUCGACAUCAUCUUUGUGAUCGGGGUGAACCCGAUGUCUCAGAGCUCACAGAGCAUGCUGUACAAUCCCAUGCUGAUGAUGUGCCAGAGCUUCCAGGGCAGCCCGAGUCUCAGCGGCAGCGUGGGGGCCGGUUUCCCAGGCGGGUUCCCCAUGUACACUCAAUACCUGCACCACUACUGCUACAUGGACCCAGAGGAGGCGGUUGCGUUAGUGUUGGGUCUGAUGGUGGUGUUUGCCCUGUCCCUGUCUGCUUACUAUGCCUACAAGACCCGCAGCAAGAUCUGGCGCCACGGCAAAGCUAACAUCUACUGGGACGAGCCGCUGGUCAGGUCGUCAGAGGGCCAGGAUGUGCAGGACUGGGUGAACCAUGUUGGAGAGGUGCGCAGCGUCCAGCAGGCGCCGACUGUUGUUGUGUCAGAGAGAGCAGCACCUGACUUGAGGGCGGGGAACAGCGUGGUCUCCUAUGGCAACGGAACAGUCAGCAUCCACAGCGAGGGAAAUUAUAAUAGCAACAGUUUCUCUGCAGACAACAGUAAUGGUCGGGGAGCUGAGCCUCUGUACCAGAACAGCAGGGUCACAGUUUGCUCCAGCAGCUCCUCAGACGAGCCCGACAGCAUCAGUAAACCUCCUCACGUGGAGAAGGAGCAGAGGAAGGGCCGAGGGCCCAAGCCUGCCGCUGCUCGGGAGGCGAUGGAGUCCCCGUAUGAAACUGGUUACACCACCGGAGACACUGGCAACGAGCUGGACCGGGACCACACAGAUCACCUCUACAGGCUGUACCCAGAGAUAACUUCAGAUGAGCAGCGCCGGCAGUACAAGAGGGAGUUUGACUCCGAUCUGGCCCGCUAUAAGAGCCUCUGUGCUGAAAUGGAUGACAUCAGCGACCAGAUGCACAAGCUGAGCCGAGAACUGGACAUAUUGGACGAAGGCUCCAUGAAGUACCAGGGUGUGGCAGACGAGUAUAACCGACUCAAAGACCUGAAAAAGACGUCAGACUAUCAAGCAAAGAAGAAGCAGUGCAAAGAACUUCGGCAAAAACUUUUCCACAUCAAACGUCUGGUGAAAAUCUUUGACCAAGGUCUGUGUUAAGUGUGUCUUAAUAAUCUGUCCAAACAGCCGAGGAUGAACACUGACAAGGUGUGACCCGGCUAAAGAGACAAGGAUUUAUCCUCCGUUUUGUCUCCGGUUUUACUGCUUUGCUGUUUGAAGUUCAGCCUUCAUACUGGCCUUACAGUCACUGAACCUCAACUGGUUUUGACUCUGAUGUUUACAACUUCUGUAUUACUUUGCAGCUGUCGGAGUAGAUUACUGUUGCAUCAGAGCUACUGAUCGACUUUUCUCUGUGUGGUUGUAACAACAUGGCACUAUUAACAUUUGAAUUUGUUGAACCUUGUGUUAGAUUUUUACUUUAAAUGUCAAUGACAAUUUGAAUUUAUUGUUCAAUUGUUACAGAAUGUUAUAGUAUGGGAAGUAAUGUAUCCGUUUUUAUACAGAAAUAAUGUCAUGAAUGAAGAUAUAACAGAAAUGGAGAACAUGAUUUAAGUAAAUCAGCAGUUUAAACAUAUGAAUUCCCUUUCAGAAUACACUUAUACAUUUAUGGUACAUGUUGCAGUGUUUAUUUGGCAUUCUUCAUACAGAUGUAAUUACAACACUUUUCAAGUAGUUUGAAAAAAAAAAAAAACAUAACAAAAGACACAUCGUCAUCUUUUGAUUCUUUUAAUAACGUUGCCAUACACAUGUAAUUUAAAAAUGUAAGAACUCAGUAACACAAAGAUAAGAAAACAUUAAUAGUAUAUUUUUCUUUUUUUUUCUCUCGAUGACAUGUUUGUGUGGGCUGUUGCCUAAAAGAAUAUCCAAACAACUUUCAAAAGGCCCGGCGGUAGAUCAUGAAGCAGAGUUACAUCCUUCUACUUUGUGUUUGAAAAGUAAACUAAACUGCUGAAAUA